AUGACUAGCUCCGCGGGCUCAGGGCCGAAACCUUCCUUCGACAUGGCCGUGGAUCCCAAGACCGUGCCGGCAAGGGUGGACGAGCUCAUUGCUCGGGAGCCUUGCACCAAUAUCGACACCGACAUCAACUGUUUUCUUGGUAUUCUCAAGACAUUUGUCCACUUAUUGGAGUCUCCGGCCUGCACUUCUCGUGCAACUGAGACAUACUAUAGUCACUUGAACAAGCUCCUGCAACAUUGCAACAUCAAAGGCCUGGAAGGGGACCAUUUUGUCAAUUUCGAUCAUGUUGCCGAACGGCUUAUCCAGGCAAGCAUCCGAUCCGACACUGCACCCCUCGAGCCGUGCUUUGAGAAGCUCAGACCUUUCUACCGCGACCCAGAGCUGUUUCUAGUCCGGGUGCUGUCUUGUCUGCCCAGUGUUGCCACCGACAACACCUCCAAGCGCCUGCUUGCGUGGUGGGGCAAAGACAAGAGGUAUCCGUUAACCGCGACGGCAGUGUUUCGUGUUUUGAAAAGGUAUCAGUACGACUCGAAUGUCAGUGUGGAGGACACACAGUUCCUUUUCGAGCACCUGCAAUCUGUCGGUCUUGGCUCUUGCGUCGAGCUUGAUUCAGACUUUACAUUCAAGCUGCACAGAUGGCUUCUCCAUGUGGCCACUCUGCAGAACGAUCGGGCGGAGGUCCUGUCCCAAAGCCAAUUACUCAAGAAGAUAGAUGCAGCCCGUGCCCUCGAGGAUGUAUCGAUCCAAGUUUCGGUAUUGUGCGCCAGUGCCUGCGCGCAGCAUGCGCGGAAUUGUGUAUCAAAUUUUACCGAGCUGAGCCGCAUUCUCCAGGAUAGCGAUCCGCAAUAUUCUCGAAGCUCGAUCAACAAGUUCAUCGCCGCUUGGAUCCCUUUCAUGGACGUCACGGAGCUCGACUGCAUCAUCCGCCAUGCAGUGGACCGACACGGGAUCCCGAUCAAACGUCAGUGGCUGAUAUCGGUGCUUGAGCGCUACUCUGCUGCGAUGCAACAUGAGAAGAUGCUCUCAUGGCUGCGCUUCUGCUUCGAUAAUGGCUGCAAGACCGAUAGCAACUAUCUACACUUGAUCCUGCGAGAAUGCUACACGCAUUGGCGAGUUGGCGGAGAAGCCUUUAAACUCUUUGAGGAGCGUCUGCGCCAGCUCGAUCCUAGCCUAUCCAAGAUGCGCAUGUUUUCACUGGAGAAGAGGGAUUGGAAGACAGCAUACAUCAGGGCUGUGGAGAGGAGUCCCUCUGGGUCGCUCCCGCACGAGCCUCAGGUCUUCGCGCUCAUGCAGAAGGCAGCCCUGAAGCAGUCGUGGCAGGUAGUGUGGGAUGAGUUUUGUGCUGCCCAGCCUAGCGUGGACGCAACGUCAGCGAGGUGCUUGUCAUUGGCUGUCAUGGCGCGCAUCGAGCUCGAUGCCGGGGAGACCAACAGCACCGAGGCACUGAUCAAGUCGGCAAAGACCAAAGGCAACCCCGUCGGCCAAGCAUUGACGCCCUUCCUGAUGGCUCAGCUAGAGCAAGGGAAGGACCCGCUGCAGGUUCUGCAAAAGCAACUACAUCUCGGGAACUACGUGCACGACAUGGUUUUUACCACGGCUGCGCGAUGCGCCUUGAAGCAGGACCACCACGAGGCUUUGGUGGAGAUCUGCGAGAUGGCAGCCCGCGUCAAAGGCAGCAAGACCACAGGAGAAGUUGACUUCCUACAUAGCGCUCACAGCUUCUCGAACCUUUUGCAGGCGUACAGCCGCGCGGAGAAAUUCCAGAAGAUGCAUUCCCUGCUGGAUCAGUUCCAAGAGAAGCCACGCGCCUGGGCAACCUGCAACGCGAGCAGACGGGCGAUCAAAGCUGCCACCAAGCUGAUGGCGAAGCGACUGAGCUGGGCGCGGGACAAUGGCAAGGCCACCGAGUGUUAUGCGUCCGGGGUGACCAAGUUGGUCCAGGCCUAUGACAGUGUGUUUGUGCGCCGCCGCACCAGGGCUCAAAAGGAAGAGCUGCUGCAGGCCGUACUCGACAUCAGCGCUUCGUCUGUGAAGCCCGAGGAAGAAGACGUUGCGAAGCCCGUGCCUGUCAAGGUGUUGGCCGAGUCCAGCAAGCGCCUCGAUGAUGUUGGGAAGCACGAGGUGGCAUCGACGUAUACUCGACCGGAACUGCACCGAGGUGUGCUGUCUUGGACACGCCAUUCGCAGCAUCACGUACACUACCCCGCAGAGCAGAGGCAUGCCGUGGCCUUGGGCUAA